UUUAACUUAUUUUUCUAGGGGUGUAGGACGACUUGGGGUAAUUGGCAGAAACGGUGCGGAAGGCUAGUACCAGGAUGGAGCUGAAUAAAGCAUGGAUCCUGCUGCUGCUCAUUGGGUUGGCACAUAUUGCUGUAGUGUCCUGUGAGCAGGAAGACAAAGAAACAGAAGCAAAAGAAGACACGAAUGAGGAUGAGGACGAUGAUGAUGAUGGUGAUGACGACGAUGAGGGGGAUGAUGUUGAUGAUGGUGUAGUGAAAGAAGAAAAUGGUGUAUUGAUACUCACAAAUAAAAACUUUGAUACAUUUGUUGCUGAUAAAGAUACAGUGUUGUUGGAGUUCUAUGCCCCUUGGUGUGGUCAUUGCAAACAAUUUGUUCCAGAAUAUGAGAAAAUAGCUCAGACCUUGAAGGAAAAUGAUCCUCCUAUUCCUGUUGCUAAAAUUGAUGCCACAGCAGAAACAGAAGUCGCUGGCAAAUAUGAUAUAAGUGGAUAUCCUACGAUCAAGAUCCUCAAGAAAGGCCAGGCAGUUGACUACGAUGGCUUAAGAACAGAGGAAGCUAUUGUGGCAAAAGUUAAAGAAAUCGCUCAACCUGGGUGGACACCACCACCAGAAGCAACUCUUGUGUUGACUAAAGAAAAUUUUGAAGCGGUAGUGGAAAAUGCAGACAUCAUUUUGGUUGAAUUCUACGCACCUUGGUGUGGGCACUGUAAAAAACUUGCCCCAGAAUAUGAGAAGGCAGCACAGGAGCUAAGUAAGCGUGAACCUGCCAUACCUUUAGCAAAAGUGGACGCAACUGUUGAAACAGAGCUUGCCAACACGUAUGGAGUAUCUGGAUACCCAACACUGAAGAUAUUCCGGAAGGGAAAAGCUUUUGAUUACAAUGGACCACGAGAAAAAUAUGGAAUCGUUGAUUAUAUGAUUGAGCAAGCUGGUCCACCAUCAAAACAGAUCCAGGCUGUAAAGCAGGUGCAGGAAUUCAUCAGAGAUGGAGAUGAUGUUGUGAUAAUUGGUGUCUUUAAUGGGGAGGAGGACAAGGCAUACCAGAUCUAUCAAGAUGCAGCAAACAACUUAAGGGAAGACUAUAAAUUUUACCACACCUUCAGUGCAGAAAUUGUGAACUUCCUAAAAGUAUCCCCUGACCAGCUAGUGGUAAUGCAACCUGAAAAGUUUCAAUCCAAGUAUGAGCCAAAGAAGCAGGUUUUAAAAUUCAAAGAUUCUACUACUGGUGCAGAGAUUAAGGAGCAUGUGACAAAGCACACCUUACCUUUGGUUGGUCACAGGAAGAACUCUAAUGAGGCCAAAAGAUAUGCAAAACACCCACUUGUUGUUGUCUAUUACAAUGUGGAUUUCAGCUUUGAUUAUCGUACUGCCACCCAGUACUGGAGAAACAAAAUUUUGGAAGUUGCAAAAGAUUUCCCAGAGUACACAUUUGCAAUUGCCAAUGAGGAGGACUAUACAGCUGAGAUGAAAGAUUUGGGUUUAAGUGAAAGUGGAGAGGAAGUAAAUGUUGCAAUUCUAGAUGCUUCAGGGAAGAAAUAUGCGAAAGAGCCAGAAGAAUUUGAUUCUGAUUCUCUUAGAGACUUUGUGGUGGCCUUUAAGAAAGGGAAACUUAAACCAAUUUUAAAAUCACAACCUGAACCCAAAAACAACAAGGGGCCAGUUAAGGUUGUAGUUGGAAAAAGCUUUGAAAAGAUUGUGAUGGAUUCAAAAUCUGAUGUUCUUAUUGAGUUCUACGCUCCAUGGUGUGGACAUUGUAAAUCACUGGAACCAAUUUAUAAUGAUUUGGGUAAAAAAUAUAAAUCUCAGAAAAACAUUGUAAUAGCCAAGAUGGAUGCAACUGCCAAUGACAUACCCAAUGACAAGUACAAAGCAGAAGGAUUUCCUACAAUCUAUUUUGCUCCGAAGGACAAUAAGCAAAACCCAAUCAAAUUUGAAAAUGGGAACAGAGAUCUUGACGGAUUAAGCAAGUUUAUUGAAGAGCAUGCAUCAAAAUCAACGAAAAAAGAAGAACUUUAACACAGUGUAUAAUCUGUAAAUAUUUUUUUUUUUUUUUACUUUUUUGUUUGUUUGUUUGUUUGUUUUGAUAAGAGAUUGGUUGGACCAAUUAUGAGUACUUUAUAAGUGGCUCAUAUAAUGAGAUUUGGUUGUUGUCUUCUGAGAUUUAACUUGAUAUGUGAAGUUACCUAUCUAGUAAGAAAACAA